AUCUUCACACUCUAAAUAAAAUUUAAAUCUCCGCUUAGCACAAAUUCAAAUUUUAAUUCCAUAGUAUUAACGAUAGAAUUCUCUGUAUUAUACCUGCAAAUUAUAAAUAAAAUGAUAAAUAACGAGAUAAUAAAAUUACAAAAGUAUGAAAUAUGUAUAUUUCAUAUCUAUGUAUAAUUUUUAUAAAUCUAGAGAUUUAUAUUUUUUAUAAUCUCUAUAUUUAUUUAAAUAGUGUAUAUAUGUGAAUAGCGUGUAUAUUUAUAUCGAUCAAACAUACAUAUUUGUCGUCAGGGAUACCGUGAAUUUUACAUUAUUUGUCAUAGUAAAUAGCGAUAUCGCAACGUUAUUUGAUAUCUAUCGCGAGUUUUCGAGAGUAUGGCAGAUCAUAUGGAAUAUAUAGUAUCGCCAUGGGAAAUCGAAGCUUACGUGCAAAGCUUGAACGUUUCAAUUCUGGACGAUGUCGGUACAAAAAGCUCUUGUCUUGAAGAGAUAUUGGAGAAACUGAAAGUAUUUGAAUUUGACAUUGGGAUGCGAUGCAUCUCCAUCCUUCAUUAUCUAAUAGAAUUUUUGGACAGCUUACCCCUUUGCGCUGUUUCGCGUAUGCUAGCCACACACGAUAUUCCUUACUUAUUUGCGCAAUUAAUAGAAACUCAACCGUGGAAGAAGCAAGAUGAGGAUGGUGAAACGUUAAUGUAUGAUGGUAGCUGGAAAAAAGUUAAGGCAAAUGAAGUAGGAAAAAUUAAUAAGAGAGAAGGCCAAGUAUGGUUUGGUCUGAGAGAAUUACUUCUCAAUCCCAAAUGUUCUCCGUAUUACGAAAUUACAGAGCACAGGUUGUCCCAGCUAUCUAAGUUGCAGAAAUAUUUACAUGAAGAUAUAUUAGAUCAAAUUGCUCCUCUGAUAGAACUUAAGAGAUGGUUAUCUUACUUAAAUAUAACGGCAAUGCCAUCUUCUAACGCAAGUUGCGCAGUUCACGUAGAAGUAAUACCACAGAUAAAAUCAUCCAUUUUGGAAAAAUACCAUAAAAAAUGGAAGAAAUUGGCUAAACAUCAGUCUAAAUAUCUAUUUACAACGGAUAAAAAUUACAUUAAAGAUGCUGCGCAAAUCUUAAGUGAUGGCUAUGAUUUGGAAAAAUUGGAUCGCAUAGAGCCGAAAAAAUGUUCAUUAUGCCAAGAAGUGUCUAAACAACAAUGCUCUAAAUGUAAGAAAGUCUGGUAUUGUAGCAGACAAUGUCAAGUGAAAGAUUGGGAAGAACAUAAGAAAAUUUGUAACAAAAGUUAAACACGAUAAUAGAUCCUUGAUUAAGAAUUCACCUAUAUAACAUAUGUACUUUAUAUAUAUUUCUGCUUUCCUUUCAAUCUUAGUAUCUCUUAUUGU